GGCCGCCAUUUUACAUCAUCUACAGUGGAGGAGCAGAGCCGGACCUACGGCGGGGAGUUAUACACCUUUCUCCGUUUUUUUCCAAAUUCCCUUCCUUCCGAAAUAAUCUAUACCACAUACCACCGCGAACCAUUAGCAGAUGUCUGGAGACAUGGCCACAGAACAUGUUAAUGGAAAUGGUACUGAAGAACCAAUGGACACCAGUGCUGCAGUUACCCAUUCUGAACACUUCCAGACUUUAUUAGACGCUGGUUUACCACAGAAAGUUGCUGAAAAACUAGACGAAAUUUACAUAGCAGGCUUGGUAGCACACUGUGACUUGGACGAGAGGGCCAUCGAGGCAUUGAAGGAGUUUAAUGAGGACGGCGCCCUGCAAGUUUUACUCCAGUUUAAGGAUAGUGAUCUGUCGCAUGUGCAAAACAAAAGUGCCUUUCUCUGCGGCGUGAUGAAGACGUACAGGCAGCGGGAGAAGCAGGGCACCAAAGUUUCAGAUUCCAGCAAAGGACCGGAUGAGGCCAAAAUAAAGGGUUUGCUGGAAAGAACCAGCUACACGCUGGACGUGACGACCGGUCAGCGAAAAUAUGGCGGCCCUCCCCCAGCCUCCGUGUACUCGGGCUCGCAGCCCACCAUCGGUACAGAGAUAUUUGUGGGUAAAAUCCCACGAGACUUAUUUGAGGAUGAGCUCGUACCCUUGUUUGAGAAGGCGGGUCCCAUCUGGGACCUCCGCCUCAUGAUGGACCCCCUCAGCGGCCUGAAUAGGGGCUACGCCUUUGUCACUUUCUGUACUAAAGAGGCCGCCCAGGCCGCUGUUAAACUGUGUAAUAACAACGAAAUUCGCCCCGGCAAACACAUCGGCGUGUGCAUUUCCGUAGCCAAUAACCGACUGUUUGUGGGCUCCAUCCCCAAGAGCAAAACAAAGGAACAGAUUGUAGAAGAAUUUGCCAAAGUCACAGAAGGUCUCAGUGACGUCAUACUUUACCAUCAGCCGGACGACAAGAAGAAGAACAGGGGCUUCUGCUUCCUCGAGUACGAGGACCACAAAAGCGCAGCCCAGGCUCGCCGUCGGCUGAUGAGCGGCAAGGUGAAGGUGUGGGGCAACGUGGUGACGGUGGAGUGGGCCGACCCCAUCGAGGACCCGGACCCGGAGGUCAUGGCCAAGGUGAAGGUCUUGUUUGUGCGGAACCUGGCCAGCACCGUGACGGAAGACAAACUGGAAAAGGCCUUCAGCCAGUUCGGCAAACUGGAGCGGGUCAAGAAGCUGAAAGACUAUGCCUUCAUCCACUUCGACGAGCGGGAGGGCGCUGUGAAGGCGCUGGCCGAGAUGAACGGCAAAGACUUGGAGGGCGAGCAUAUCGAAAUCGUUUUCGCCAAGCCCCCGGACCAGAAGCGGAAAGAGCGCAAAGCACAGAGGCAGGCAGCCAAGACUCAGAUGUAUGACGAUUACUAUUACUACGGCCCACCCCACAUGCCCCCUCCCUCGAGAGGCCGAGGGCGAGGUGCCAGCCGUGCCGGCUACACGUAUCCCCCUGAGUACUACGGCUACGAGGAUUAUUAUGAUUACUAUGAUUACCAUAAUUACCGCGGUGGAUACGAAGACCCGUACUACGGCUACGACGACUUCCAGGCCCCGGUCCGAGGAAGGGGGGGCAGAGGCGCUCGGGGCUCAUCCCCGGCACGGGGCAGGGGGGCUGGCGCUCCCCGAGGCAGGUCCAGCUUCUCUCAGCGGGGGGGCCCCGGACCAAGCAGGGGCGCACGUGGAGCCAGAGGGGGCAUGCAGCAGCGAGGCCGUGGGGGAAAGGGGGUCGAGACCAGUCCCGAACUUUUACUAUGAAGACUGACUUGCUAUGCGGGGUUACACCAGAAGCUGCCAAUGGACAUGAUGCUAAGGUCAACAUGAUGGUCCAAUGAUAUUCCAGCCUUAUAGAAGCAUCUCCCAGACUGCCACCACGAAGAUAAUCAUCGGAGCAAAUUCAAGACUUGUUAUGUGCUUGGACUUUUACUUCGUACACAUUUGGAUAAAAAGCCUUGCAUUUUAGCUAACUUGCCACCUCCCUUGUUCCCGCCCCGUCGUUUUAAGUACCUAUCAAAGAUGUUCAGAUUUCCUGAGGGAUUCUUGUCCCGAAAUGAAAUGUAAAAUGUAUUUUGCACUUUGUCUUAGUUUUGAAGUGGCUCGAAUGAGCUUGAUGCUAUUGUAUAUUUUUUUUUUUUGUUUUUUUGUUCUAAUUGCAGCUUUAUGUUGGAAUAUAUUAAUCUAAAUUGUUUUGAUUUGGAGAGGUUUUGAAGAGGAUGUUUUUGCCGGUUUUAGGUGUAACCACCUGGCAUCUGCGGUCAGGCAUUCCAGGAAAGUGGUUCUUUUCAGAACUUGUCUUUUUAAGGGUUGGUUAACUACCUCAGUACAGAGGAUUAAACUGCCCUGUCUGUACUGUAAAUAGGGAAACGUUAUUGAUGAAAGCAGGGCUUGUUCCCCACUAAAUAUGCACAUGGGCAGCAGCGGCAGCGCAGGCGAGGAGGCGGCGCAGGCGAGGAGGCGAUGUGCUCCUUGUGAUAUAGAGCUUCUGGUGCUGCCCUGACACCGUGAACAGUCAAACUGGGCAUGUAUACUAAUCUCAUGUGAUGAGUCUGAACAAGCCCUGCCUUCAUCCUAUUUGAACUGAAUUAGCUGCCUUGCUUCUUCAGAUUAUGUAGUUACUGGUUGUAUGAUAGUUUAGAAAAAUGUUACUUUUGUAAGAGCUUGAACAUAAAAAAAGCUUCACAGCUACUUUUGAAUAUCUCUGCGGUGUCCCCCUUUCUCACAGCAGAUGAGUUUUUUUGAUACUAACUCACCGAUUUUGAAAGCUGUGCACACGUUUAUUUUUGGAGGUCACUGGAUGUCAUUUGUGUACCAACUGUAAUCAUGCACGCCACGAACAGUGAUGGAUAUCAUAAAGAGCUGCUUUUUUCCCCUCGUUCCAUUCACGUGAACAGUAAAAGGGUCAUACGUUAUGAUGCGCGCGUGGCGACGACGACAGCGCUGUGUCCAGGAAGACCGAUCGAUCGAUCCUCUGGUUUAAGGGGGAUACUGCAGCUGUGUAUUUUUUUCUUAUUCCAUAAGUUGCAAAAAGGAAACUGAACACUUGAUCUGGUUUUGUACACAGUUAACUCCCUCUCAAAUCUGUAUAAUUACAAGCAGACCUUUGAAAAGUUGUUACCGGUUUUAAACUAUUGUUGGUGGCCAACAACCGUUUUUGCAUUCCUGCAAAUAAAUUGUUUUAUACUGUAAGAUGAGGUGAGUAACUUAUUUUUGUAAUAAAGUUUUUGAUUUUUA